UUCGCGGUCAUGUAGCUUCCUCGGUUAGUUUCAAAUCACAGAACGAUAUUACAUCUUGUAACUUUAUAUUACCGGUAUCGUUUCCGAGCUGAGGUUUACGAAGUUUUGAUUGCCAUGUGUAUGCCAGUGUUCGACUUUUACUAAACGAAUUGUUCUGAUCUUGGCAUGGACUUUUUACUAUGCGGCUGUAGAUCGAAAAAGAAACAUAGUUCGGUUAAAAGUUUCGGAAAUGGUGAUGAUGAAAUUCUGCCCUCCGAUAAGAAGACAAUUUAUAUAAAUCUCUUGCCCUUAUGGAAAGGACAAAAGAAGCAAGGUGUACGCUACAGUUCAGCUAUUUUAAAUGCCAUGGCUCAUGAAGCAGCGUCUGAUUCCAACAACAUUGUUACCAAACAUUACAAAGAUGAAUCUCUGAACGAUAUGAAUGGCACUUCAGAGGAAGAAUACACUUCUCACAUGAACAAACUGUGCGCGAAAUUAUCAACCAAUUUAUCAGAUCUGAAGACAGGAGAUACUGUGCUUAACUUUGGUGGCGAUCAUUCUAUUUCAAUGGCUACGGUUCAGAAAAUGUAUCACAUAUAUCCCGAUUUGAGAGUCAUUUGGAUUGAUGCACAUGCUGACAUAAACUCUCCGGCGACGACUGAAACAGGACACUUCCACGGAAUGCCAGUUUACUAUAUUAGUGACUUAUCCGAUGUGCAUAAAAAUAGUGCUCAGAUAAGUUUGGAUAACAUCGCGUACAUAGGAGUUCGCGACGUCGAUGUCGCGGAGAUUAAGAUUCUAAAAGAGCACAAGGUCAAGAACUAUACUAAAGAGGAGAUUAUAAGAAGGGGUUCAAGCGAGGUAAUCAGCGAGUUGAUCGAGGAGAAACAGCUGCUAAAAUACCCAGUUCAUAUUUCAUUCGAUAUAGACGCGGUGGACCCCAAAGAGUGCCCCAGUACCGGCACUAUAGCCCCAGACGGCAUCAGCAUUUCUCACGUGGUCAAGCUAAUCAAACGAAUAAAGGAAGUGGGUAACCUCGUGUCAAUGGAUAUUGUGGAGUUUAACCCUCUCGUUGGAAACGACAGUGACGUCGAGAAAACAGUCCAGUCGAUUAUGAAAGUUAUGAAGGAAAUAGUUAGCUAGAAGAUUGAGACCAAGAGGAUGGAAGCAAUAAAUUAUGACAGAUUUUAAACUUUUGACAAUUAGGUUUUAGGGACAAAUGAAUCGAGCGACUCUAAGAAUAGGUGAAAAUUUUGAAAAAUUAAUUUCAUAAUUGUGGAACAAACAA